AGCCAUGAAUGAAAAAAUAAAGUCGCCGCAAACACAGCAGCAAGGUGGCGCUCCUGCCCCUGCUGCCACGCCCCCAUCGGCUGGAGCAGCUCCUGGUGGUGCCACACCGCCCACCUCGGGCCCGCCCACACCCAACAACAACAGUAACAACGGCAGUGAUCCCAACAUCCAGCAGCAGCAACAAAAUGUUGCCCCACAUCCAUACGGCGCACCACCGCCCCCAGGUUCCGGCCCUGGAGGACCACCAGGACCGGACCCAGCUGCAGUCAUGCACUAUCAUCAUCUGCACCAGCAACAGCAGCAUCCGCCACCACCUCACAUGCAACAGCAACAGCAACACCACGGCGGACCUGCACCACCACCGCCAGGAGGAGCACCUGAGCAUGCGCCCGGCGUAAAGGAGGAGUACGCUCACCUGCCGCCUCCUCAUCCUCAUCCGGCGUACGGUCGCUACCAUGCAGAUCCCAACAUGGAUCCCUAUCGCUAUGGCCAACCGCUACCAGGUGGAAAGCCUCCACAACAACAGCAGCAGCCACAUCCUCAACAGCAACCGCCACAGCAAGCGGGUCCAGGUGGCUCUCCCAAUCGUCCACCACAGCAACGCUACAUACCCGGUCAGCCGCCGCAGGGACCCACGCCAACGUUGAACUCGCUGCUGCAGUCUUCGAAUCCGCCACCACCGCCACAGCAUCGCUACGCCAACACCUAUGAUCCCCAACAGGCAGCUGCUUCGGCGGCAGCGGCUGCGGCUGCCCAGCAGCAGCAGGCUGGUGGACCUCCGCCCCCAGGACAUGGUCCGCCACCACCGCAACACCAGCCAUCGCCGUACGGGGCGCAACAGGGCUGGGCACCGCCACCAAGGCCCUAUAGUCCGCAACUGGGACCGUCGCAGCAGUACAGGACACCACCACCGACAAACACUUCCAGGGGUCAGUCACCCUAUCCGCCAGCUCACGGUCAAAAUUCAGGUUCCUAUCCUAGUUCGCCGCAGCAGCAGCAGCAACAACAGCAGCAGCAGCAACAGCAGGCGGGACAGCAGCCCGGCGGUCCUGUGCCGGGCGGACCACCGCCAGGCGCCGGACAACAGCCGCCGCAGCAAAAUACACCGCCAACAUCUCAAUAUUCGCCGUACCCGCAACGCUAUCCGACUCCGCCGGGUCUACCGGCGAGCGGACCAAACCAUCGAACUGCCUACUCGACGCACCAGUAUCCCGAACCGAAUCGACCUUGGCCAGGUGGGUCCUCGCCCAGCCCCGGUCCCGGACAUCCCUUGCCGCCCGCCUCGCCGCACCAUGUGCCACCACUGCAGCAGCAGCCGCCACCACCGCCACACGUCACCGCCGGUGGACCGCCGCCCAGCAGUCCUGGUCAUGCGCCCAGUCCGUCGCCACAACCCUCGCAGGCGUCGCCCUCGCCGCACCAGGAGCUAAUUGGACAGAACAGCAACGACAGCUCCAGCGGCGGGGCGCACAGUGGCAUGGGAUCUGGUCCACCCGGCACUCCCAAUCCCCAACAGGUGAUGAGACCCACACCCUCGCCUACCGGCUCAUCCGGUUCGCGUUCCAUGUCCCCGGCAGUCGCCCAAAACCAUCCAAUUUCGCGUCCAGCGAGCAACCAGUCGAGCAGCGGCGGGCCCAUGCAGCAGCCGCCGGUUGGAGCGGGAGGCCCACCGCCGAUGCCACCACAUCCGGGAAUGCCAGGAGGUCCGCCCCAGCAGCAGCAAUCUCAACAGCAACAAGCAUCGAAUUCAGCCUCUUCGGCGAGCAAUUCGCCACAGCAGACGCCGCCACCGGGUCCGCCGCCCAACCAGGGCAUGAACAACAUGGCCACGCCCCCACCACCACCGCAGGGAGCGGCAGGAGGAGGCUAUCCGAUGCCGCCGCACAUGCACGGAGGCUACAAGAUGGGCGGACCGGGACAGAGUCCCGGUGCCCAAGGAUAUCCGCCGCAGCAACCACAGCAAUAUCCACCAGGCAACUACCCGCCACGCCCACAGUAUCCGCCUGGCGCUUACGCCACCGGACCACCACCGCCACCCACAAGCCAAGCAGGAGCCGGUGGUGCCAACAGCAUGCCCUCAGGGGCCCAAGCUGGCGGUUAUCCAGGUAGGGCCAUGCCCAACCACACUGGCCAAUAUCCGCCAUAUCCGUGGGUGCCGCCAACACAGCAGCAAGCCGUACCUGGCGGAGCUCCCGGUGGUGCUAUGGUUGGGAAUCAUGUGCAGGGCAAGGGCACACCACCACCGCCAGUAGUGGGCGGACCUCCACCUCCACAGGGUAGUGGAUCACCUCGUCCACUGAACUAUCUGAAGCAGCAUUUACAGCAUAAGGGCGGUUAUGGAGGAAGUCCGACACCACCACAAGGUCCACAGGGUUACGGCAACGGGCCGACCGGAAUGCAUCCAGGUAUGCCGAUGGGCCCACCCCACCACAUGGGACCUCCGCACGGACCCACCAAUAUGGGUCCGCCUACUAGCACACCCCCGCAAUCGCAGAUGCUCCAGGGUGGUCAGCCCCAGGGGCAGGGACAAGGCCCCGGCGGCGGACCCGAAAGCGGGGGCCCCGAGCAUAUAUCGCAAGACAACGGGAUCAGCUCUUCGGGCCCAACGGGAGCCGGAGGAAUGCAUGCGGUCACUGCGGUGGUUACUACCGGACCGGAUGGAACUCCAAUGGACGAAGUCAGUCAGCAGAGCACGCUCUCGAAUGCAUCAGCGGCAUCCGGCGAAGAUCCACAAUGCACCACACCAAAGUCGCGCAAGAAUGAUCCCUAUAGCCAAAGUCACUUAGCCCCGCCGAGCACGUCGCCUCAUCCAGUUGUGAUGCAUCCAGGAGGCGGUGGCCCCGGCGAGGAAUAUGACAUGAGUUCGCCUCCCAAUUGGCCACGUCCGGCUGGUAGCCCGCAGGUGUUCAAUCAUGUUCCGGUGCCGCAGGAGCCAUUCCGCAGCACCAUCACCACGACCAAGAAAUCAGACUCGCUGUGUAAGCUGUACGAGAUGGACGACAAUCCGGAUCGACGCGGCUGGCUGGAUAAGCUGCGGGCGUUCAUGGAGGAAAGGCGCACGCCGAUCACAGCCUGCCCCACCAUCUCAAAACAGCCACUCGAUUUAUAUAGGUUAUAUAUUUAUGUAAAAGAACGUGGCGGAUUCGUCGAGGUGACCAAGAGUAAGACCUGGAAAGAUAUUGCUGGACUCCUAGGCAUCGGUGCGAGUAGCAGUGCGGCAUACACGCUGCGAAAACACUACACCAAGAACCUACUGACCUUUGAGUGCCACUUUGACCGCGGCGACAUCGAUCCUCUGCCCAUCAUUCAGCAAGUGGAGGCGGGUAGCAAGAAGAAGACGGCCAAGGCUGCGUCGGUUCCUUCGCCAGGCUCGUCGAACUCUCAGGACUCGUUCCCGGCCCCGCCAGGCUCCGCUCCAAAUGCGGCGAUCGACGGCUAUCCCGGCUAUCCGGGUGGCAGUCCAUACCCGGGAGCCAGCGGUCCGCAGCCUGAUUAUGCGGCUGCUGGUCAGAUGCAGCGACCGCCCUCCCAGAACAACCCGCAGACUCCUCAUCCCGGCGCUGCCGCAGCUGUUGCCGCCGGCGAUAAUAUAAGCGUGAGCAAUCCCUUCGAGGAUCCCAUUGCUGCCGGUGGCCCGGGUUCGGGAGCCGGUCCUGGCCCAGGUUCAGGUGCUGGAUCCGGUGGUGCCGGAGCUGUUGCUGCUGUAGGCGGUGGCCCACAACCACAUCCACCGCCCCCACAUUCACCGCACACCGCAGUCCAACAGGCGGCUGGCCAACAGCAACAGCAGCAUCCACAGCAUCCUGGACUGCCGGGUCCACCACCGCCACAGCAGCAGGGGCAGCAGCAACCACCGUCGGUGGGCGGUGGGCCACCACCAGCACCACAGCAACAUGGGCCUGGUCAGGUGCCGCCGUCACCUCAGCAGCAUGUGCGCCCAGCCGCCGGAGCACCUUAUCCGCCAGGUGGCUCCGGCUACCCAACGCCUGUGUCUAGAACGCCAGGCUCACCUUAUCCAUCACAGCCCGGAGCUUACGGGCAGUACGGCACGAGCGACCAGUACAACGCCACUGGGCCACCCGGCCAGCCAUUUGGACAGGGUCCAGGACAAUAUCCGCCGCAGAACCGCAACAUGUACCCUCCCUAUGGGCCGGAGGGGGAAGCUCCUCCAACUGGUGCCAAUCAAUACGGCCCUUACGGCAGCCGACCCUACAGUCAGCCACCGCCAGGUGGUCCCCAACCGCCAGCUCAGUCGGUUGCGGGUGGACCGCCUACCGGCGGAGCUCCUGGAGCACCGCCCAGCGGCUCUUAUCCCACGGGCAGGCCCACUCAGCAGGACUACUAUCAACCACCACCAGAUCAAAGUCCACAGCCACGGAGGCAUCCUGAUUUCAUUAAAGACUCACAGCCCUAUCCAGGCUAUAAUGCUCGGCCCCAGAUUUAUGGUGCUUGGCAAGGCGGUACUCAGCAGUAUCGGCCACAAUACCCAACAUCGCCUGCUCCACAAAGUUGGGGUGGUGCACCACCACGUGGUGCAGCGCCACCACCAGGAGCACCACACGGGCCUCCCAUACAGCAGCCGGCAGGAGUGGGCCAAUGGGAUCAGCACCGUUACCCGCCGCAGCAGGGUCCCCCUCCGCCACCUCAGCAGCAACAACAACCUCAACAACAACAGCAGCAACAGCCGUAUCAGCAGGUGGCUGGCCCUCCUGGACAGCAACCGCCACAGACGCCGCCUCAGUGGGCACAGAUGAACGCUGGACAAACUCCGCAGUCAGGAAUACAACCACCUGGUUCACCACUGCGUCCGCCCUCCGGACCAGGUCAGCAGCAAAGGAUGCCCGGAAUGCCGCCGCAGCAGCAACAAUCGCAACAACAAGGUGGUGUUCAGCAACCACCACCGCAACAGACCUCGCAUGGCGGCGUUCCAUCGCCAGGACUGCCACAAGUGGGACCCGGGGGAAUGGUUAAGCCGCCUUAUGCCAUGGCACCGCCACCGCAACAAGGUGUGGGUCCGCAAGUGGGACAGGUGCCUCCUAGCGGUAUGAUGUCCCAGAAGCAGCCACCGAUGCCGGGCCAGGUCAUGCAGCAGCAGCCCUUACAACAGCAGCCUCCCCCACAUCAACAUCCGCAUCCUCAUCAGCAUCCGCAGCACCCUCAUCCGCACCAGAUACCACCCAAUCAGACAGCACCCGGUGGAUAUGGCCCGCCAGGAAUGCCCGGUGGCGGAGCACAGCUAGUGAAGAAGGAGCUGAUCUUUCCGCACGAUAGCGUCGAAUCCACUACACCCGUGUUGUAUCGAAGAAAACGGCUUACGAAGGCAGACGUAUGCCCAGUCGAUCCAUGGCGAAUAUUUAUGGCCAUGCGAUCCGGUCUGUUAACCGAGUGCACCUGGGCGCUAGAUGUGCUGAAUGUGCUACUGUUCGAUGAUUCUACAGUGCAAUUCUUUGGCAUUUCAAACCUGCCCGGCCUGCUGACUCUGCUGCUGGAACACUUUCAGAAGAAUCUCGCUGAGAUGUUCGAUGAACGGGAAAACGAGGAGCAAUCUUUGCUGCUAGCUGAAGAGACAGUGGAUGACGAUGCGGACAGCGGCACUGUAAUGUGCGAAAAGCUUCGGUCCAGCGGACGUCAGUCCCGAUGCGUGCGCAGCAUCAGCAGUUACAACCGUAGGCGACACUACGAAAAUAUGGAUCGCAGUGGAAAGGUUGGAGCAGGUAGCGACUCUGAAGACGCCGAUGAGGGCAUAGAUUUGGGCCAGGUGCGAGUACAGCCCAAUCCUGAGGAGCGUUCACUGCUUCUCUCUUUCACACCCAACUACACGAUGGUCACGCGAAAGGGUGUGCCAGUGCGCAUCCAGGCAGCCGAGAACGACAUUUUCGUGGAUGAGCGCCAAAAGGCGUGGGACAUUGACACUAACCGCCUGUACGAACAGCUGGAACCCGUCGGCAGCGAUGCCUGGACAUAUGGUUUCACUGAACCUGAUCCUCUCGAUGGCAUUAUUGACGUCUUCAAGUCAGAGAUUGUAAACAUUCCAUUUGCACGCUACGUUCGCUCUGAAAAGAAGACGAAAACGCGGACGGAGUUGGCGACCACAACAAGGAAGCCGGAUAUAAAGCAGGAAGAAAAUAGUUCAGGGGAGCAGACGUUUAAUAAAAAGAGGCGGCUGGUCAGCGGCGGAAGCAGUAGCAGUGGUGCGCAUGCCGAGGGUAAAAAAUCCAAAUUGACGAAUGAUGAAUUUGCCCAACCAAAUGCCGAAGUCAAAAAAGAGCCUGGAACUGUGGACAGCGAUUGUCGCCCCAUUGAUAUGGAUAUCGAAGCACCCCAGCAACGUCUGACCAAUGGUGUGGCACCCAGCUCAUCAACCCCCGCCGGUUUCGAUCCCCGGGCAACAGCCAAAGAUGUAGCGCAAGUGCUUCAGCGAAGACGUGACUCUAGCUUUGAGGAUGAGUGCUACACACGUGACGAAGCGUCCCUACAUCUGGUCAAUGAGAGUCAAGAUUCGUUAGCGCGUCGCUGCAUUGCCCUUUCCAACAUCUUCCGCAACCUGACAUUCGUGCCCGGCAACGAGACGGUGUUGGCCAAGUCAACCAGGUUCUUGGCGGUACUAGGACGACUGCUACUCCUAAACCACGAGCACCUGCGUCGCACUCCGAAGACGAGGAACUACGAUCGCGAGGAGGAUACAGACUUCAGUGAUUCAUGCAGCUCACUGCAAGGGGAGCGUGAAUGGUGGUGGGACUACCUGAUCACAAUUCGCGAAAACAUGCUGGUCGCCAUGGCUAACAUAGCCGGGCAUUUGGAGUUGUCGCGGUACGAUGAGCUCAUUGCCCGGCCCUUGAUUGAUGGUCUGCUUCAUUGGGCCGUAUGUCCGAGCGCACACGGGCAGGAUCCGUUCCCAUCGUGUGGACCAAACACGGCACUUUCGCCACAGCGCCUGGCUCUCGAGGCGCUCUGCAAGCUGUGCGUAACGGAUGCCAACGUGGAUCUGGUUAUUGCCACUCCCCCAUUCUCACGACUGGAGAAGCUUUGCGCCGUUCUUACCCGACAUCUGUGCCGUAACGAAGAUCAGGUGCUUCGAGAGUUCUCAGUGAAUCUGCUGCAUUACCUUGCCGCCGCCGACAGCGCCAUGGCUCGUACUGUGGCUCUUCAGUCCCCGUGUAUAUCCUAUCUGGUGGCUUUCAUCGAACAGGCUGAGCAGACAGCUCUGGGCGUGGCGAACCAGCACGGAAUUAACUACCUGCGUGAAAACCCCGACUCGAUGGGCACUAGUCUCGACAUGCUGCGGCGAGCAGCCGGCACCCUGCUCCAUCUGGCCAAACAUCCGGACAACAGGUCACUCUUCAUGCAGCAAGAACAGCGGCUGCUUGGCCUGGUUAUGUCGCACAUCUUGGAUCAGCAGGUGGCUUUGAUUAUUUCAAGAGUGCUUUACCAAGUAUCGAGAGGAACAGGGCCCAUACACUCUGUGGAGUUUCGCCUGCUACAGCAGCGCCAGCAGCAACAGCUGCGUCCUGGUGCGCCAGAGAAGCAAGCUGUUAGUGUAGGAGGAGGUACGGCAGUGAAAACGGAGUCUACAUCGGCGGAAACAAGUUCAACUGAAGCGAAAUCUGCAACAGCAACCAGCACAGCAGUGGUAAACGAUGAGAACAGCAACAGUAGCCAGCAGUUGCCACCAGCAGCGACGUUUAACGACGUGAGUAACAGCAGCACCAACAGCAAUAGCUGCGGCACGGCCAGUAGUAACCAGACGAACAACAGCACCACCAAUAGUAGUCAUAGCAGCAGUGCAAUUAGCAGCCAAUCGACGCUUACGGUGGCUGCCACGUCAGGAGCAACUCCAAGUGCAACAUCCGCUUCAUUGGCCAGCGAACAGCAGCAGGUGAGCAAAGUCGCUGCAGCGGCGGCGGCUGCUGCGGCCUUAAGCAAUGCCAGUGCAGCGGCAGCAGCAGCUGCGGCAGUCGCUUCCGUUGCACCACCCACGUCGUCUACGAAUGUGUCUGCCGGAGCUGCAGUUGCACAACCAGCGGCACCGCCGCCAACCAAUGCAGGAACAACGACAGCCGUUGCGUAGUAUACAACAAUGAUGCCAGCGUCCUACUACUGGCCACGUACCCCCCGAGGGGCAGUCGACUAAGCUGGAGUUGGAAGGAAGAACAACGGGCCGAGGAGCAACUCCGAGGUGC